GGUAUAAACCAGGGGACAGUGGGUUUUCUGUUGUUGUGAAGCCUUCUGUCCUGGCGGCCUGCAACCCCUCCACUCACACUUUCUUUCUUUCUCCUCGUUCCACUCACCCACUCACCCUCCAGAGUGGGACUCUUCCUCAACACACUUCUGUCAGGUCUGCAGCAUCUUUUGGGAGCUCCUUAGAAGCCAGAAACCAUGCUGACGUUUUUGGCGCUGGCGUCGGUCGUCCUCCUGGGAAUAGUGCCUGAGCAGUCCCAGGCCAUUAUGAUUUACACCGGCUGGGAGCGCCACGCCCUGGUGGGCGGCGACGUCCGGCUUUCUUGCUCCUUCUUCUCCUGGCGCUGGACCUCGGAGGAAGUCACCUUCUCCUGGACAUACAGGCCUGAUGGCGCCCGGGACAGCAUCUCUAUCUUCCACUAUACCGGUGGUGUGGCCUAUGUGGACAACAAGGGCCCGUUCAGGGACCGGGUGGAGUUUGUGGGGAACCCGGGCCGCCGCGACGGCUCCAUCCUGAUCAAGAACCUGGACUACAAUGACAACGGCACCUUCACCUGCGAUGCCAAGAACCCCCCUGACAUAGUGGGCCGGCCCUCCAGCGUGCGCCUGCUGGUCUUUGAGAAGGUGCCCAUCCAGGCUGGUGUGAUCACAGGUGCCAUCAUCGGGGUGGUGCUGGGCCUGCUGGUGCUCAUCGUGGUCAUCUACUACCUAAUGAGGUUCCUGGUGGCGCGCCGCGUCUUCAGCCUCAGUGUCAGCAAACAUGGCAAGAAAAAGAAAGAGGGAUCACAGCAGAGACAGGGCCCUGUGCCUGCCGCCGACCCCUCCAAGGUGAAGGCGGCCGCCUCCGAAAAGAAGAAGCAGGAGUCACGCAAGGAUAAGAAAUAGGAUACGGGGAUGGGCUGGGGCGGGCUCGCCAGCCGGCUGCUCCAGCCCGUACGCCUGGCGGGGGCCAAGGCCCAGCCCAAGCAUCAGCAGCGAACCGUAGCCAGAAAGAUGGAGAGGGUUGAGAGGGUGGUGGGAGGAGGAGGGGAGGAGGGCCCGGGCCGGGUGCUGAUGACCAUCGAUCUGGAGCUGACCCGCAAAAAUGGGGAGGAGAGGCCUGGUGGCGAGGGAGGGAGGGGGAGCUCCAAAGCGCUUGGCUUCCUCUCCCGCAUCGCCGACCAGCUCACCUUCACAAAAUAAACCGAUAGGCAAGCAGGGGAGGCCAAGGGGGGGACGGAACUGAGGAAGAUAAGAGAGUGGGCAGGCUACUGAGGAGACAGCAGGAGAGCUCAACCACAAACCUGCCUUACACCACUACAACGCCAACCUGAGUCCCUGAAUAAAUGAGUCAAAUCAUAUCUGCUCUUGUCACAGGCUGAUGACUGUAGACACAGCUAUACAGGGCCCAGAUCUUAAGAUGUCAUGAUAAUACACCAGCCGGCACCCGAGUACUUUUUGUCAGGUCAUAAGAUAUGCCAUUUGAAGCGAGACCCUAAGACGGCUGGGUUUGAUAACAAAAUCUAAAAAGCUGCUCCCCGGGUUUUCUGCCUUUUCUGGUUUCUUCCAUUGUGAUACUAUCCACCGAAAAAAAGCUUUCUCCAAGUGCGUCGGAUACGCAUCACAAAUCCCAAGCUGCAGGGACAAGCCAAUUUGCUUUUUUCCCCUGGAGGCGAUGUGUCAAACUCCAACUUCCUCCCCUCACUCUGAUCUUCAUUCUUUUUUCAUCUCCAAUCCCAUUUCUUCAUCUUUUACUGUGAAUUUUCUGACUUUUAAUGUUAAUUCAAAUUACAAAGUGAUUUAUAUGCUAACUGCUCUAUCCUGUUUCUCUUCUCUCUCUCUCUCACUUCCCUUCCCUCUUUUCCUCCUUUUCUUUCUCCUGUAGAUAAAGGUCUGACUUCUCCAUGACUGCCUCCACUCCUCUAGUCUGCUCCCUCCUUUUCUGCCCAGCCUGAUGCAACCCCCAUUAUUUCCCAUUAUCUCUACUCUUUCAAGACAGCACUGGCUGUAAGAAUAGUCCUACUAUAUCAGUGGCAACCGUGUCAAAUAUUUUUUUACAAUGGCUGAUUAGAGAACCUGUAUGCACUCAUUGGGCAAACUGUAAAAACAGUUUAAGGCCUAACAACACACAUAACUUUCUUAAGAGAAACCCGAAAAUACAUCCCUCUGUGUUAAGAGUCUCCUGAAUCUUCCCCCUUAAUGUUUACGACUCAAUCACACACAUACACACACACACACACACACACACACACACACACACACACACACACGCACACUGAGCAGAGCUGCGGGUGCACUCUGGACUUCAGAUAGAUAAAAAGAGAGACGGAGAGGAGAGUGAUAGUGGGAGAGAAAUAUGAUUCCUGCUCUCAGCCGGGCGUAGAUAGAGGUUCAAGCCCUCGAGCUUGGGGUGAUUCAAUCCUUUCAACAUUUGAGCUAAUGGAGGUUGUUGCCGUGUCCCUGCCCUGGCUAAAGGGGGCUAUUUCUGGCCCUAUAAGAGCGUGCGGGCUUACUGUAACAGCUGCACAUUUUUUAGCUAACGGGGGUGGGGGUGGUGUGAGAAAAAGAAAGAGGUGAGCAGGGUGGGCCGGUGGGGGGCCUGCUGUGCUUUUUGUGCCUGAGAGCAUGAGGCUGUCCGCUGUUGACCCGACGGCCGGCUACUGACAACCUUGAAUGACGUCACGGCGCAUAGGGCUGGCGGAUGCUCUCAGGAGUCUGACAAAAGGGUUUUACAGGAAGAGGGGCAACUUCUGUGCUCUCCGAGUUAUUUUAGGUCCAGUUAAUCCGCUAGCUCGUUUUUCCCCUCGGCAACCCAGGGCUAAUUAUUUUAGUGCAUACUAGUAACAAGAUCUCUCUCUCUCCAUCUUUCUCCACCUCCUCGCCUCCUGUGCUGUCUUUACUACUUUGUUAGUCAUCUCUGCUCGCAUCUUGGAAUUCACCUCCUUUCCUCCAGAACCAUUGUUUGAUUCUCUCUGUCCUUAUGUCUUUUGCUUACUUUAUCUCUUCUUCUUCUUCCUGUCGUCUUGCGACUGCGCUGCAUUAUUCCCCCACAGAAAAGGCCUAUACACAAUCCACUCCACACUUUAAGCCUCUCCUUAUCUGACUGCCAGGCCCACAGCUCAAUGCUCUGCUCCUCUCUCUUCUGUCCUUCCUUCCUUCCUCCUCCUUCUCCUCCUCGUCCUUCUUAAAAUUUGAUGACGGACAUCUCUGUCUCCCCUCCCUCCGGCUUGCCCAAUGAUCAACGAACGCCCUCUUGCUUGCCCUUCAAAUUGCCCCCUCCCCCCAAAGGCAUGUCCCCCGCCAGCCCGCCUUCCCUCUCUUCCUUCAACCCUUUACUGUGUUUCUGCUGGUUUCAAUGCUAAAAAUGCUCUCCUCUGCCCCUUAAUGGCAAAGAGCGGAAACACACGGGCAGAAAUCCGCCUUUGGUUCUCACUGAAGACGCCGAACAGAAACUUAUAAUCUAGCUAGCUCUCUUCCGGUCGCAAAAACGACGCGUGUUUUAUGUAUGUGUGUGUCUAGUAAAAAUUGAGAUUUGCUCUAAAGCAAAAAACAACAACAGUAUGUCACCCUAGGUAAAGAAAAAUAAGAAAUUUCUUACAUAUGGAGAACACGUUUAUCGAAGCAGGGAAGAAAUGUAAUUCUAUCUGAUAGAAUGUGUCAUUAUAUCUCUGACCUUGUGUGUUAUGGAAGGUACUGUGUGGCUGUCUCUAGUGUACGUUUUAUUCCGAGACAAAGGGUAAAACAAGGUUUUCGUGCAGCGUCAGAGAGAAUAUGAGGGGUGGAUGAGGGUUCAGUUAUCCUCGGAUUCAGUGAGCUGUGGCUGGGGAAGAAAAAGGAGAGGAAGGUGCUUGCUGUGGAAGAAAGCUUCGGAGGAAGAGACUUAUCUGCCAAAAAUCCAUAUUUAUCACCACAGAUAGUCUGCUCUUCCCCCAGAGCCUUCUUUUAAAGGUGCUUCUUUUUCAACCCUGUGCCAAAGAUGGAUUGUGAUCUGCGUGCUUGAUAUGCAGGGCGGAUAGUGUAGACUUGAAUGUUCCUUUAAAAUUCAUAAUGGCAAUGGAGGUGCUAAAUCCACUUAUUUAUAACUGGAGAUCUGUUUCACUCAGCGCUGUUUAACUGUCCAGUCACAUGGAUUAGUUAGAAAGUUUUUUUUUUUUUCAGCAAAGCCACACAGACACCUGACAUAAGACAAACCGCAUUAAAGUAGCCUUUUAAAAAUGUUUUAUAUGUAUUAUAAACUGUAUUAGUCAUAGUUGCACAAUAACAUUCCUUUAUUGGAAAUGACUGGAGCUUCUUACAUUUAUUUUUUACAUUUAUUUUAAUGCUUGUGAUAAUUCCAGAGCACUAACAACUUUUGAUGACUGUAUAAUAUGUUGUAAAGAGAACGUGAAUAAAAAUUAAAGCCCCAAGCGAGACUGCUGUCAACAGAAGACAAAGUAAACCCAGCUGAAAAGUGUC